CCAAACGACCCCUCAGUCACUAAAAAGACCUAACCUACCAAAGAACGCCUAUUCAAGAUCUUUGUCGUUGGACUUUGUAAGUUGAAACUCGAAAAUUCCUCGAACUAUUCCCUCUCUUUUGCCGUCCAGUAAACCAGCCGUAGCAGAAAGGGAAAAGAUGUCGCUCCGAGUACUAAACCCUAAUGCGGAGGUUCUCAACAAAUCGGCGGCACUUCACAUGAACAUCAAUGCCGCCAAGGGCUUGCAGGACGUUCUCAAGACUAAUCUCGGUCCUAAAGGCACCAUCAAAAUGCUCGUUGGCGGGGCGGGAGACAUUAAGCUUACAAAGGAUGGCAACACUCUCCUUAAAGAAAUGCAAAUUCAAAAUCCAACAGCAAUUAUGAUUGCAAGGACGGCUGUUGCCCAAGAUGAUAUCAGUGGCGAUGGUACUACUUCUACUGUAAUCUUUAUUGGGGAGCUAAUGAAACAGUCUGAACGGUAUAUUGAUGAAGGAAUGCAUCCAAGGGUUUUGGUUGAUGGUUUUGAAAUUGCCAAAAGGGCCACCCUCAAGUUUCUUGAAACAUUUAAGACUCCUGUUGUCAUUGGUGAUGAACCUGAUAAGGAGAUUCUAAAGAUGGUUGCGAGAACUACCGUGAGAACUAAGCUGUAUGAAUCUUUGGCUGAUCAGUUGACUGACAUAGUUGUAAAUGCUGUUCUCUGCAUACGAAAACCCGAGGAGUCUAUUGACCUAUUCAUGGUGGAGAUUAUGCACAUGCGCCAUAAGUUUGAUGUUGAUACACGGCUGGUCGAAGGUCUUGUCCUCGAUCAUGGUUCUAGACAUCCUGACAUGAAGCGGCGGGCGGAGAACUGUCACAUCUUGACGUGCAAUGUCUCUCUGGAAUAUGAUAAGAGUGAGAUAAAUGCAGGGUUUUUCUAUUCAAAUGCUGAGCAGAGGGAAGCGAUGGUUUCUGCUGAAAGGCGUCAAGUUGACGAAAGAGUGAAGAAGAUUAUAGAACUAAAGAAUCAGGUUUGUUCUGGUAAUGACAAUAACUUUGUUGUUAUUAAUCAAAAGGGCAUCGACCCUCCAUCUCUGGAUCUUCUAGCAAGAGCAGGGAUUAUUGCCCUCCGUAGAGCAAAGCGUAGGAAUAUGGAACGCCUGGUAUUGGCUUGUGGUGGAGAAGCUGUUAACUCUGUUGAUGAUAUGACUCCUGAUUGCCUUGGAUGGGCUGGUUUGGUUUAUGAGCACAUCCUUGGUGAAGAAAAAUAUACUUUUGUUGAACAAGUCAGAAAUCCGCAUUCUUGUACAAUCUUAAUAAAAGGCCCCAAUGACCACACUAUUGCCCAAAUAAAAGAUGCAGUACGAGAUGGCCUGAGAGCAGUUAAGAACACCAUUGAGGAUGAAGCUGUUGUACUUGGAGCUGGAGCUUUCGAGUUUGCGGCCAGAAAAUACCUACUCAGUGAAGUGAAGAGAACUGUUAAAGGGCGUGCUCAACUUGGUGUUGAAGCUUUUGCUGAUGCCCUUCUUGUGAUACCAAAAACUCUUGCUGAGAACUCUGGGCUUGACACUCAGGAUGAGAUAGUUUGCCUUACGGGAGAACAUGAUAACGAUAACAUUGUCGGAAUCAACCUCCAAACAGGAGGGCCCCUUGACCCUCAGAUGGAGGGUAUUUUUGAUAACUACUCAGUCAAACGCCAGCUUUUAAACUCAGGGCCUGUGAUUGCAUCUCAACUGUUGUUGGUGGAUGAAGUGAUUCGAGCUGGGCGUAACAUGAGAAAACCUACCUAGGUGGCAGGCAGAGCUUCUUUCCUUGCCUUUGGAUGAGUCUUCAAGUUUAUUGGGGCCUUCGUUUUGAUUUGAUGUAGGAGAGUUGUGGUUUUGGGGGAUUGUUAAGUAUUAUCUUGUCUUAAAGUCGACUGGUGGAAUUUUGCUCUUAGAUUCUAACUGUUGUCAUCAGUAUUGAUGACAAUCUGGAGAUUUUUCGGAAAAUGAUGGAUGAUGCAAGUAGUAGUUCUCGUCUUCUUUAUGUUUACUCUUCAACAAGAUCUUGGAUAUCUGGUUAAGAAUUGAGUUUGUAUAGAUGUAUGAUUUCCCAACAUAGCACAACUGCACAAGGUCGAUUGCAGACCUAGAACGUCAUGUAGUUAGGAAGCUCAAUGCAUAGGGGAGACAUUCCAACUAAUAAAAUGCCGUCCAUUAUAGGUCA